AUGGCGUUGCAGUUGCAUCAAGGCGUGUCGCCUAUGUCGGUGGCGCCAAUAAAGUCUGAGCAUGGGACGGCGGGCAUUACUACAGCAAGCAGUCCAGGUCCGGGUUUCUGGGAGACUAUUCGGACAAGUUAUGACAGCGUCUACUCUCACGACGAAGACGCGCUCGUGUACACUGCACCCAAUUCUCUAAAAGCGGUCCCAAUCGAAAAGAUCAACGAGAAUUCCUCGUACUGGGAAAGUUCUUGGGACUCCUUGGAUGAAUUCAUCGCCCAAGAAGACAAGGAAAGAAGUCUGAAAGAGCAGUAUCAGGCCAUGAAGAAUGCCGAGCCUAAUAACGUGGCCAUACGGAAGACAGCUAAAUUCCAUCAAGACAACAUGAGCAAGCACGUCAAGAUUCGAGAAGUAUUCGGACUCCAUAGCCCAUACCACCCGAAUCAGCUGGUGGCCAAGAAACACCUUCCCUCUGAAGGCUUGUGUCAAAAAGAGCUCAUGUACCGUGUUGCAUGCAAGAUUUCUGAUCUGAAGGUUCUAAAUGACAGGGGAGUCUUGGCCAUGGAUGCCUGGCAUUUUAUUCGCUGGCGUAUUGGACGGAAGCUCGAGGAGAGACUAGGCCACCAGUGCGAGACCGCACGGAAUUUUGUCCGGACUAUCAUCUACAAGUUAUGCGACGAACCAAAAUUUGACUCUGCUGGAUAUGUGGACUCGGUCAUGCGGCAGGCGGUGCUCGUCUCUGCUCAAUAUCAAGGCCGCAUGUCUAGGUUUAAAAUUGAUGGCACUAAAGCUGAUAAAUCCGCGGCGGGGCCUGUGAAAUCGGCCCUGCCACAUGGAUGCACGCGUGAAGCCGGCAGACAACGCGCCAGUCGUGGUCCAGCACAGCGAGCCGAGAAGCGGCACCAGCGUCGAGCCCGGCUGGCUGCGCAGUCGGGAAGUUAUCAGGGUGUGAAUGCGUUCGGAAAUAUGCAGAAAGUCUAA